UAAUUUUUUUUUAAAAAAAACCUAUUCUUUAAGGGGAUUUAGCGGGAAAAUCAGAGGAGAACAGCAAAAGAACUUGGGGAAAAAAAGGCGAAGGCGCCCAAGUUUUAGUCGAGAAAAAAAAAAUGGAAAAUGGAGGAGAGGCAAAAUUUCCAGCAUUCCCUUAUAAGCCAUAUUCAAUCCAGAUCGAUUUCAUGAAUGCACUUUAUCACUCUUUGGAUAAAGGCGGCGUCUCCAUGCUCGAAAGCCCCACCGGAACCGGCAAAACUCUGAGCAUUAUCUGUAGUGCUUUGCAAUGGGUGCUUGAUCAGAGACAAAAAGAUCAAUCUGAAAAAAGGGUAGAAUCUGAUGAAAAAAAGGGAAAAAAUGGUGAAAUUGGUUCAGAUGAUGAACCUGAUUGGAUCAAAAACUUUGUUGUGAACAAAGACAACCAAGUUGAUGAGAAGAAGAGCGAAAAAAAUAAACAUGGUUUUGCAUCAGAAAAAUACAAAAAAAGAAUGAAUAAAGAUAGUCACCGGGACUUAUUUUCACGCAAUAUAGAUGAAGAAAGUUUCCUUGAAAACAAAGAAUGCAAAAGGUCAGUUAAGAAAAAUGAUGUGGUGGACUUGGAUGAUAAUGAGUUUCUGCUUGAAGAAUAUGAAAGUGAAGAGGAAGGCGGUAUUGGAAGUUUGAAUUCAAAGAGGAAAGGCAAUAAGUUUACUGUUAAUUCUUCGAGUGAAGAGGAGGAAGAUGAGUUUGAGGAAGAGGAGGAAGUGAAAUUGAAGGUCUAUUUUUGCAGUCGAACGCAUUCGCAGCUUUCACAGUUCGUGAAGGAGCUAAGAAAGACUAUCUUUGCCAAUGAAAUGAAUGUUGUGUCGUUGGGUUCAAGGAAGAACUUUUGCAUCAAUGAAGAGGUUUUGAGACUAGGAAACUCUACUCAAAUUAAUGAGCGUUGCUUGGAGCUUCAAAAGAGUAAGAAAAAGGAAAUUUCUAAAAUGAAGAAUUUAGGCACAGAGGGAAAAGUACGGCGAACCAAGGCUUCUUCUGGAUGCCCAAUGCUCAGAAAACAUAAGCUACAAAAACAGUUUAGGGAUGAAAUUUCUCACCAAGGGGUAUUGGAUAUUGAAGAUCUUGUUCAACUCGGAAGAAAUAUAGGAACAUGUCCAUAUUACGGUUCCCGAAGUAUGAUCACGUCAGCUGAUCUUGUAGUUCUUCCAUAUCAAUCACUCCUUUCAAAAGCAUCCCGUGAAGCUCUGGGGCUGAAUUUGAAGGAUAGUAUUGUUAUAAUAGAUGAGGCUCACAAUCUAGCUGAUUCCCUCAUUAGUAUGUAUGAUGCGAAAAUUACUUUGUCACAGUUGGAGAAUGUACAUAGCCACAUAGAGAAGUACUUCGGAAGAUUCCGCAGUCUAUUGGGUCCUGGAAAUCGAAGAUAUAUUCAAACACUUUUGGUCCUUACCCGGGCAUUCCUCCGCGUUCUACUCAAUGAUAAGGAUGGGAAUCGUUUAAACACUUGCCCAGAUGCUGAAAAAGGUGUUAGAGAAAACAAAACCUUUGACUCUUCCAUGGCCAUAAAUGAUUUUUUAUUCUCCCUCGAUAUUGACAACAUUAAUUUGAUCAAACUGUUUCAGUAUAUAAAGGAAAGCAACAUUAUGCAUAAGGUCAGUGGGUAUGGAGAUAAAAUGACUACCAUGCAGAAAGGUUUAGCAGUCAAGGAAAAUGGGGAAAGUUGUGAUCAUGGUAGCAUUCUAUCUGGCUUUCAGGCAUUAGCAAAUAUGUUAUUGUCACUGACAAAUAAUGAUGGUGAUGGAAGGAUAAUAAUCUCAAGGAAGAGACCAUCAUCUUCAGGAGAAGGGGCUUACUUGAAAUACGUUAUGCUCACAGGGGAAAAGAUUUUCUCUGAGAUUGUGCAUGAAACACACGCUGUUAUACUGGCAGGGGGAACUCUGCAACCAAUAGAAGAAACAAGAGAGCGACUUUUUCCAUGGUUACCAUUGGAUCAUCUCCAUUUCUUUUCAUGUAGCCACAUUGUUCCUCCUGAGAGUAUAUUGCCACUUGCGGUAUCUCGUGGACCAUCCGGGAGAUCUUUUGAUUUUAGCUAUGGUUCGAGAAGUUCAUCAACUAUGAUAGAGGAACUAGGUCUCUUACUUUGCAAUUUGGCAACAGUCAUUCCUGAAGGAAUUGUUGUGUUCUUUUCUUCAUUCGAGUAUGAAGGACAGGUCUAUGAUGCAUGGAAAACCUCAGGAAUACUUGAAAGGAUUUUGAAGAAAAAGCACAUUUUCAGAGAACCUAGAAAAAAUACAGAGAUAGAGGUCAUUCUCAUGAAAUACAAGGAAGCAAUUGAUAACCCUGCUCCUAAAAGUGGUGCAAUACUCCUAGCAGUGGUUGGUGGCAAGAUAUCAGAAGGCAUCAACUUCAGUGAUGGGAUGGGUCGAUGCAUAGUCAUGGUUGGACUCCCCUAUCCUAGCCCUUCUGACAUUGAAUUGUUGGAAAAGGUGAAGCAUAUUGAAAGCUUGGGUGAUACAAGUUCUAUGGAAAUCCCAAAACUUUCAAUUAGUGAAGAACAUUAUGGAGGAGACGUUCAGUCUGGUUUCAGCAUUCUAAGGAGUUGUAGGCGCAGGGGGAAAGAAUAUUAUGAAAAUCUAUGCAUGAAAGCUGUAAAUCAAUCAAUCGGUAGAGCAAUUCGGCAUGUAAAUGACUAUGCUGCAAUUUUAUUAGUGGACAUCCGUUAUGCUUCAGAUUCUUCGAAAAGAAGCUUUUCUCAUCCAAGCAGCAAACUCCCACAGUGGAUAAAAGAGAGUCUUGUUUCUGCAACUAAUAAUUAUGGUGAAGUUCACAAGCUGCUGCAUCAGUUCUUCAGAUUCAACAAAAACAGAAAUUGUAAUUAGAAGCUGAUUAGAGGUAAUAAUGAAUGAUAAAGCAAAAGCCAUUGUAUUUAUGUACAAGUCAAGAAACCGAUAGCCAUUCUGAGAACUUGAAAUUGGGAAGGUAGCUACGGAUAGAUUCCUUUCUCUAUUAGAUAUUAAUACUUGUUUUUUGCUACCAUAUAUGUUCCUCCACACAUGAAGAUGACUCAACAUAGAAGAGCAUCUCAUAAUUUCCUGUUGAGGAACCAAUAAAAUGUGUAUGGAUACAAGUGUAUGUAUUGUGGCAAUGCUUGCACUAUCGAACUUUUGCAGCUUUUGGGAUUUUUUA